AUGGAGGAAAAGGGCCUUAUCUACGAUGUGAAGCUGUCGUCGAUCGGGCCGGGCAAUGUGACGGGCCCCGACUCGAUCUUCGAGCCCGGGAGCAUGGGCCUGGCCAUGAAGCUCCACUACCUGAGGGGCGUGUACUACUUGGAGAGGCCUGCGUUCGAGGGACUGAGCACGCUGGAGAUCAAGGAGCCCAUGUUCACGUGGCUCAAUCAGUACCCGCCCACGUGCGGCCGCUUCAGGAGGGCCGAAUCGGGCCGGCCCUAUGUCAAGUGCAACGACUGUGGCGUCAGGUUCGUCGAGGCCAAGUGCGGGCAGACCAUGGCCGAGUGGCUCGAAGCCCAAGAUCUCACGGCCCGCGAGGCCCUGCUUCUCACUAACCAUUCUAUUGGGCCCGAUCUCGCUUUUUCUCCCCUCAUUUACAUACAAGCUCUCGACGAUCUCUUCCGGCAAAAUGCCCGCAACUCAUUUCGAAUGGGGCCCGAAAGAGCUGCUACUCGAAACCUCCCAUUGGUGCCGACGAGGGCUGGUGUGCUCGCAGCGAACGUAAGGACCCAGGCGGUGAUUGCGAUGGCGUCCACGGGUAGCGGGCAGGACCUGAACGUGUGCACAUGUGAAAUCGUGACGGUGAACGGCACGCUGGGGUGCUGGAACUCAACGAUGGCGAUGGUCUUGCGAGUGAGACCAGAUCACAUCGGGGCUCGCAGACGGGGCUGGGACUUCGCCGAUGGGUCAGCGGUGACAACGAAAGCAGCGACGUGGGAUGAUGUCCGCUGGGAUGUCGCGACAGUGGUGAGGGGCGGCGCACUGGUCCUCGCGACAAGGGUGCGCGACUGA